UUCAACAACGUCAGUGCCUCAGUUAGGGCAUAUUGACACACGUUGCAUAUUUCUUUAUGAAACUGCUUGCUAAAUAAAUAAACACAGAUCAAUUUGUGGAUAUAAGAAACAUCUUUCGCUUGUUUUUAUCAUUGUCAGUGAAACUUUAGAGUGAAGAUGAAGCAAUUAGCAGCAAGGACAAGAAGGAUUCUGCUAUCUCUAUUCUACUUGUUUUUCUUCAAGACCUGUAAUGCUGGCUACUAUAAUCUCGAUUCAAGACAAUGUUCAAAAGCGAUCGAGAAAAUAGGAGUUGUUCUUGAUUCGAAAGUUUCUGAUAAAAUACACAGAGGAAAGUUUGUAAGUUCAAGAUGUGAACUGCGUUUAAUUCAAGAUGAUAAAGCAGGCACAAAAGCUGCUUUCCUACUUCGUGCUAUUGACAUUGAAAAUAAACGUCGUUGGAUUGGGAAUUAUUUCUUUUAUCGUGAUGAGGAUUGCGUUCAUGCAAUAUACGGAUUAAAGAUGCAGGGAAAAUUAAAGAUGAAAAACAGCAAUCUUACGUUAAGUCUUCAUAGCUUAAGUAUCGCAGUCUACAAUUCCGGAUUUAAUAACGAGAUCCUUAAGAAAUACAACCGAUCAUGUCGUGGAGAUUUGACCAAAUCUGGCGACAAUAAACAUAUCACUUACUCAGUAGAUCCCAAAUAUUUAACCAACCAGGAUAACGAAUGCCUUAAAGCAUUGGGUAUAGACAUAUGGGAGUUCAAUUCUGGUGUUUCACUUGAGAGCCAUCAUCCUUCAAAAGGCGGCAAGUGGGAUGAGCUUGUUCAAAAGAAUGUAAACUUAGAGCGCGGAAAAAAGAACAGAAUAUGGUAUAGCAAUCAGUUGCCUUUGGUUCGCUUAAGUAAAAGGGCUUGCUUAACUUGCACUAAAGUUGGUGUAUCGCGUUUUAAGUUGCCCCCGAAAUUGUUACCAAAAAAUUCAACUAGCUUAGAUGGAACAUGGGCAACUUCACGUUGUGAUAAGAUCAACACUAAUUAUUGGAACACAAGAGUAAACACGUUCAAAGGUAAUAAAUUUACAUGGAUAUUUUACCAUAUGGACGCAAAAAUGACGAAAACUCAAAACAGAUGUAGCAAACCAUUGUUGGAAUACAGGAUUCUUGGACACUUGCAAAAGGUCGGUAGAUCACCCGAAGUCCCGGGGGGUGUUAUAUACAAGUUGUUUGUCACUCAUGCAUAUAUGACUCCGCGUGGUAAAAUAUAUGAAUCAAUUUUAAAUAAAAUAAAGCAUGGAUGUGGUAAGAAGGAAUGGCACGUUGGAGAAACACAAGACAUUAUGUCGACUCAUGGCUGUAGGCCUAUAGGCUAUAUUCUUCCUGCUAAAGGUGAAAGUAUGCUGACUUUAAUACGGACCGUUAAUAAUGAUGGUCGAAAAGAAAUGUAUAUGGGGAAUGCUGCAUCUUCAAAAACAGGACCAUUGAAAUAUGAAGUUUUUUUAGAGUCAUGUGAAACUUUUCCUGUUGAAAUGCCAACACUAUUUAAGCCAAGCAUGACAACAACUCAACAAUCCAAUGUGGAUGACGAUGGACAAAAUGACGAACGAACUGGAACAAAGAUAGUAAUACAGCAAGUUGUUCACAGCAAGAAACCAACUUCUAGCGGAGAAAGACAUUUUAGUUCAGCACUUCGAUAUAUCUGGUUAUAUUUGUUAAUAACAUUUCUAAAACUCAACUUACCUUAAUCGUACCAUAAAAAUAUAGCACCGUACAUUCAAAAACUGUUGUAAAUUAGGUUAUGUAUAUUAUUGAUAAACGAACCUCAUUGCUUAACAUGAAUAACUUUAGCAAAUUAGUUGAUUUUUCCUAAAAAACAGGAGUCAAGAUCGAGUGUUUAUUAAUCUAUGACAAUUCUAUUUAGUUUUUGACGUAGUUUGAUAUAAUGUAAUGUUAUUAAGGUUCAUCUUAUCUCUAUAAUAAAGAUGUUCGUUGAAUUCAUAGAA